AUGAAUAAUCUGGAAUAUCCUUCAUAAAUAACUUAAACAAUUAAUGGUAUCACUUUCUCAAGUGCAUUUGAUUCUGGCAAUUUAAAAAGUGUCAUUGAAUAAGAUGGAAAAGUAUGAAAUAAAUCAAUAAUCAAAUAAUAAGUAUAUCCUCCAAAUCUCAAGUGAUUAGGGAAUUAAUGGAAAAAUUACUAAUUAUAGAACCUGGUUUUACUUUUCGGUUUCAGUAAUAUCUGAAGGAGUUAACACAUUUGUAAUUUCUAAUAUGCAAAAUUAAGUAAUUCAAGAUGUUAUGUUAAAUUAAAGAUGGGAUUAUUUAAAGAUGGAAUGUAACCAGUUUUUCGUUCUUCUAAUUCUCUUUAAUGGGAUAGAAUUAAGCAACCCUGUUAAUAUCGACUAGUUUCUGAACGAUAAUUUGAAAUCACUUUCUAACAUAUAUUCCUUAAUAAUGAAACAGUGUAUUUUGCAUUUUUCCAUCCAUGGAGUUGUUAAGACAAUGAAGUAAUCUCUAUUAUAUAUCUCAUAGAAUUUCUUAUAGCAUUGUUAGUCCAUAUCCCAAUAAAUUCCUAAUAUUUAUUUUGAUAAUUCAAUACUAUCUUAUUCCAAAGAAGGUAGACCUAUCAAUUUGAUUACAAUCACUAAUGGUUCCUCAGAAAAACUAGAAGAACCAUUAUAAGGAAUCUUCCCUAUAACAAUACCUUAUGUUUUUAACAAACCUCAUAUAUUUAUUUCUGCACGGGUUCAUCCAGGAGAAGUUCCUAGUUCUUUUGUUCAUAAUGGCUUAAUCAAAUAUCUAUUAACACCAAAUGACCCUGUUGCAAAGGCUGCCAGAGAUAAUUAUGUUUGGUGUUUUGUUCCUAUAAUUAAUCCUGAUGGUGUUUAUAGAGGACAUUAUAGAACUGAUUCUCUUUGUUAAAAUCUUAAUCGAUAUUAUUUAUCACCUUCUUAAGAAGAUCAUCCAACAAUUUAUGCAAUUAAAGAGUAUCUAAUCAGACUCCAUCAAACAGGUCGAUUUCUUGGAUAUAUUGAUUUACAUGCUCAUGCUAGUCAAAAGGGAGCAUUUAUUUAUGGGAAUCAACUAAAUCAAUUAAGUUAACAAAUUUCAAAUUGUAUCAUUCCUAAAUUAAUUACAUUAUACUCUUAAAUCUUUGAUUAUGAUGCUUGUAAUUUUACUGAGAAGAAUAUGUAUGCUGCAGAUAAAGGAGAUGGUCUAAGUAAAGAAGGUUCAGGUAGAGUAGCCCUACAUAAGAUAUGUGGAAUCAUACAUAGUUAUACACUUGAAUGCAAUUAUAAUAUAGGCAAACUUACUAAUUUUACUUAUGAGGAAUCAGAAGGUAUAAAGUAUAUUAAAUCAUUAGAUAAUUCAUACAAAGAAAAUAAUUUAGAAGAAAAUAUUAUUUUAGGAACUUUAGAUACAACUAAACCUAUAUCAAAGUUUUUUACAAUAGAAGACUAUGAAUAAGUUGGAGUUGGAAUUGUAAAUGCCUUUCUUGAUUAUAAUCUCCUAAAUCCUCGAAGUAAAAUAACAGAAUCUCCUUUUAAAACACUAGCUAAUUUAAAGACCUAUUUGGCAUUCAAUAUGAUUAAAUAUACAAAUUUUAGAUUUGACCCAUAUAUCAAAAAGAUUUUAAAGUAAAAUUACAUGUGAAUAUAUAGGUAUAUUAACAAUAAAGAAUAAAUUCCAAGAGUUCUCAAGGCAUUUUAUGAUUAUAUUUGUUCUGGUUAAAUUUAAGAUUAUUUGGAAGGUAAUCCAGAAAAUCCGACAUAAAAGCCAUUGACAAGAUAUGAAAAAGCAUAAGAAAUUAAAAGAGAAAAAGAGAAAAAAUAAUAAUAAUUGCAAUAAUAAUAAUAAUAAGAACCUUUAUAAUAAUAAUAAUAAACUUCAUAAGAAUUGUAAUAAUAAGAAGAACUUUCUUAAUAAUAAGAAAUAUUAUAAUAAUAAGAAUCUCUAUAAAUACCUAUAAAAUAAUAAUCUUGUUCUAAUACAGAUUUAGAUUCUUAAUAAAAUAGAGUAUUUAGUUUAAGUAAAGCUGAAUCAGAACUAUAGGAAUUAUAGUAAACAAAAAUAACAGAAAAUGUUAAAGAUUGA